CAGGGCACACCCGGAACGCCUUCCUUUCUUUUCUCUUUCCUUCCCAGAACAUCACCUGCUCGGAACGGCGAUCCCACGCGUUGUUUCGGAGGGUUUAAAGCGCCGACCCGAACCCCACGGGGAUCGGCGUUCCCCUCGCUCCCAGCCGCGGGAUGUGCUGCCGGUGAUCGCGGAACCCCGAGUCUCUCCAGCCUGGAAGUUUAAGGAAAGCGCAGGAGUUUGCCGGGAGGUGAGAUGGAGCCUGAGUUGAAUCUGAGCACAGGGAAUUCCCUGUGAGUGGCCGGUGCCAGCGUCUGUGAUGCAGUCUGGGCUUCAGUCACACCCUCCAUCGGAUAAAGGCUGCUAGCAGCAUGAUCUCAGAAAGGGAUUCAGAGACCACCUUCGAGGAGGAUUCCCAGCCCAACGAUGAGGUGGUGCCCUACAGUGACGAUGAAACAGAGGACGAGUUGGACGCUCGGCAGCCUGGGGCUGAGCUGGGAGCGAAGCAAGCCAGCAGGGAGGCUGAGGAGAUCCGAAAUCCUGGGAAAAAAGACUGCAGCUGGCAAGUUAAAGCAAACGAUCAGCGCUUCUAUGAGCAGCCGGGCUUCAAGAGAACAAUCUUCCUGUGCUUCAAAAAAAGCAAAUAUGCGGGAAACGCAAUUAAGACGUACAAGUACAACCCCAUCACUUUUUUACCUCUGAAUCUGUUUGAACAGUUCAAGAGAGCAGCCAACUUUUACUUCCUUGUUCUUCUCAUAUUGCAGUCGAUUCCUCAAAUAACGACGCUGUCGUGGUACACAACGCUGGUGCCCUUGCUCUUGGUGCUGGGAAUAACUGCAGUCAAAGACCUGGCGGAUGACAUUGCUCGUCACAGGAUGGACAACGAGGUUAAUAACAGGACAUGCGAUGUCAUCAAGGAUGGAAGGUUCAAAGCCACUAAAUGGAAAGAUAUUAAAGUUGGUGAUAUCAUUCGUCUGAAGAAAAAUGCUUUUGUUCCUGCUGAUAUUUUGCUGCUGUCCAGCUCAGAACCGAACAGUCUGUGCUACGUGGAGACAGCUGAACUGGAUGGAGAGACCAACUUGAAAUUCAAAAUGGCCCUAGAGGUGACACACAGACACCUUCAGGAAGAAAGUGCCCUGGCAGACUUUGAUGGUCUGGUUGAAUGUGAAGAACCCAAUAACCGACUGGAUAAGUUUACAGGAACAUUAUCCUGGAGAAACUCAAAUUAUUCCCUGGAUGCUGAUAAGGUUUUGUUGCGUGGCUGUAAGAUCAGGAAUACAGACUUCUGCCAUGGAAUGGUCAUAUUUGCAGGUGCUGACACAAAAAUAAUGAAAAAUAGUGGAAAGACAAGAUUUAAAAGGACAAAAAUUGACUCCCUCAUGAACUACAUGGUUUAUACUAUCAUCGUGGUCCUCAUCCUGCUGUCGGCUGGGCUGGCCAUCGGGCACACCUACUGGGAGCAGCAGAUUGGCAACUCCUCCUGGUACCUGUACGAUGCGCAGGACUUCAGCCCUGCCUACCGGGGCUUCCUCAACUUCUGGGGGUACAUCAUUGUCCUCAACACCAUGGUGCCCAUCUCCCUCUACGUGAGCGUGGAAGUGAUUCGCUUUGGCCAAAGCUAUUUCAUCAACUGGGACCUGCAGAUGUACUACCCCGAGAAGGACACGGCUGCCAAGGCCAGGACCACCACGCUCAACGAGCAGCUGGGGCAAAUCCAAUACAUCUUCUCAGACAAGACUGGAACCCUUACACAGAACAUCAUGACCUUCAAAAAGUGCUGCAUAAACGGACAAAGAUACGGAGACAGCCGGGAUGCAGCGGGGCAGCUCCAGAGCCACCCAGAGCAAGUCGAUUUCAGCUGGAAUACGUACGCUGAUGGAAAGUUCUUAUUCUAUGAUCAAUAUCUGAUAGAGCAAAUAAAGUCUGGAAAGGAGCCAGAAAUCCAGAAGUUCUUUUUUCUGCUCGCUAUUUGUCACACAGUCAUGGCUGACACUUCUGAUGGUCAGCUCAACUACCAGGCAGCGUCCCCGGACGAGGGGGCCCUGGUGACGGCCGCCCGGAACUUCGGGUACGUUUUCCUCUCCCGAACACAGAACACCAUCACCAUCAGUGAGAUGGGGGUCGAGAGGACCUACGAUGUCCUGGCCAUCCUGGAUUUCAACAGCGACAGGAAGAGGAUGUCUGUCAUCGUAAGAGAGACCGAUGGCAAUAUCAGGCUGUACUGCAAAGGGGCCGAUACGGUGAUUUACGAGCGGCUGCACCCCAGGAAUCUAAAGAGAGAAGCCACAGAAGAGGCACUCGAUGUCUUUGCAAAUGAAACUCUCAGGACACUCUGCCUGUGCUACAGAGACAUAAGCCAGGAUGAAUUUGAAGCGUGGAAUAAAAAGUUUGUGGAGGCCAGUUUAGCUACAAGUCACCGGGAUGAAGCUCUGGACAAAGUGUAUGAAGAAAUAGAGAAAAACCUGAUUCUGCUUGGUGCAACAGCUAUUGAAGACAAACUACAGGAUGGAGUUCCAGAAACUAUCUCCAGACUCUCCAAAGCAGACAUUAAAAUCUGGGUGCUUACUGGUGACAAAAAAGAAACUGCUGAAAAUAUCGGAUUUUCCUGUGAACUCUUAACAGAGGAAACGGCCAUCUGCUAUGGAGAAGAUACCAGCGCUCUCCUUCAAACGAGGCUGGAAAACCAGAGGAACAGGGCUGGAUCCAGUCCACAUUCCUCUCUCAGGAUGAACGAGCCCUUCUUCCAGGGCAGCAGAGAUCGGGCUCUAAUCAUCACUGGCUCCUGGCUGAAUGAAAUCCUGCUGGAGAAGAAAAAGAAGAAAAAGAAACUUAAACUGAAAUUCCCCAGAACAGCAGAAGAGAAGAAGAAACAAACGGAAAAAAGGAGAAGGGCAGAGGCCUACAAGGAGCAGCAGCAGAAGAACUUUGUUGAUCUGGCCUGUGAGUGCAGGGCUGUGAUCUGCUGCCGCGUGACGCCCAAGCAGAAGGCCAUGGUGGUGGAUUUGGUGAAGAAGUACAAGAAGGCCAUCACCCUGGCCAUCGGAGAUGGGGCCAAUGAUGUGAACAUGAUCAAAACUGCCCACAUUGGAGUUGGGAUCAGUGGCCAGGAGGGGAUGCAGGCUGUCAUGUCCAGUGACUACUCCUUCGGACAGUUCCGCUACCUCCAGCGGCUGCUGCUGGUGCACGGGCGCUGGUCGUACAUCAGGAUGUGCAAGUUUCUGAGAUACUUCUUCUACAAAAACUUCGCCUUCACGCUGGUCCACAUCUGGUACUCGUUCUUCAAUGGCUUCUCUGCCCAGACAGCCUACGAGGACUGGUUCAUCACGCUGUACAACGUGCUGUAUUCCAGCCUCCCCGUCCUGCUCGUCGGCUUGCUUGACCAGGAUGUGAGUGACAAACUGAGCCUUCGAUUCCCCAGGCUUUAUAUUUUGGGUCAGAGAGAUUUACUUUUCAACUACAAGAAGUUCUUUUUGAGUCUGCUCCAUGGAGCUGUGACUUCACUGAUCAUCUUCUUCAUCCCGUACGGAGCCUACCUUAAAUCUAUGGGACAAGAUGGAGAAGCCCCUGCAGAUUAUCAGUCCUUUGCUGUCACAGCAGCAUCCUCUCUGAUAUUUGUUGUCAAUUUUCAGAUUGGCCUGGAUACGUGUUACUGGACUUUUGUUAAUGCUUUCUCAGUAUUUGGGAGUAUUGCACUUUACUUUGGGAUCACAUUUGACUUACACAGUGCUGGAAUCCACGUUCUCUUCCCUUCUGGCUUUCAGUUCACAGGAACUGCUCCGAAUGCUCUGCGACAGCCCUACCUUUGGCUUACCAUGAUUUUAUCCAUUGCCAUUUGCUUACUGCCUGUCGUGGCACAGCGCUUCUUGUCCAUGACAAUCUGGCCUUCGGAGAGCGACAAAAUCCAGAGGAACCGUCGGAAGUACCUGCUGGAGGAGCAGCAGUGGAAGCGGCGGCAGAGCGCGUUCCGCCGCGGGGUCUCGGCUCGCCGCUCUGCCUACGCCUUCUCCCACCAGCGCGGCUACGCCGACCUGAUCGCGUCGGGCCGCAGCAUCCAAGAGCUGUAUGUGUCUGAACGAGAGGGCAACGACUCCACUGGUGAUGGGACACAAAAGAAACCAUUCAAGACUGUGCUGAAGGUGAGUGUGGAAUGUGUCUGGGGCAAGUGA